AUUUGUGCUCACCACGCUGACCACAUCAUGUUUGUUCACUCUACAUUUCCAGUCCUAGCCCUAAUGAUCCCGGCUUGUGCGCUAGCGAGUUCCGGGUCAUCCAGUCCCGUUCCAGACUGUUCAUCCUUUCGACCUGUCAACUCCAUUUCUGACUAUCAUGCGACCAUCCUAAACACAACAUAUUAUGAUAUUGGUGAAUUGGAUGUGCAGGGAACACUCAACGAAGUCUCAAUUUGUGAGAUUUUCGUUUCCGUCCCCUACGGAUCGAAUGACACCCUGCACUUUGCGCUAUGGCUACCAGAUACACAAUACUCUUCCCGAUUCAUGGCGAUCGGUAACGGAGGAUUUGGGGCUGCGCUUAGCGACACCGAAAUGAUGGAAGAAUUGAAUAACGGGCUGGGUUUCGCAGUGGCGGGCAGCGAUGCGGGCCACGUGGGAAACGGGUCCGGUACGCCUGGGGUAUAUGAGCCAUUUUUACACGAUGAAGACCAAACAAAGGCUUGGCUUCACAACAGCAUCAGUCUUUUCACACCAGUCGCAAAAGCUUUGAUCAACAAUUUCUACGGAUACGAAGCGGAUUACUCGUACUAUCGUGGCUGCUCUACAGGCGGUGCUCAAGGGUUUUCCUUGGCUGAAUUCCACCCAGACUUGUUUGAUGGCAUCAUUGCUGGGUGUGCCGCGAACUAUUACACUCAUCUCAUGCUCAGCUUCUUGUGGAACUCACAGCAAACCGAUACCAAUGAAACUUAUCUCUCCGAGCCCCUCCUCGAAUAUAUUCAAGCUCGUGUCAUCGAGGAAUGCGACACAAUUGAUGGCAUUCAAGACAAAUUAGUUGAGAACCCGCUUGAGUGUACUUUCAACAUCUCCACUUUAGCCUGUUCGGCUGGCGCUCCAGCUGCGAACGUCACAUGUCUUACGCCCUCCCAACUUUCUGCCGCUCAAGCAAUCUAUCAGGGACCUGUCCGCGCAGACUCAUCUCGUACAUCCAUCUUUCCGGGACUCACGCUUGCUUCUGAAGGGGGAUGGUGGUUCCCACAGGUGGAAGCCGGACUCUCGACUGCAAUCACUACGCCUAUCCUACAGAAUCUGGUGUAUAACGACCUUUCUUACGAUCCUAAGACUUUCAAUUGGGCGUCAGAUAUAGACGUUCUCGACGAGCGCGCCGGUCCGCUUAUCGACUCCAUCAGCACUGACCUUUCCUCCUUCCGUGACGGCGGGGGCAAAAUGAUCGCAUAUGCAGGCUGGGCUGAUCCAAGUAUCGCACCAAUGUGGACUCUUCAACAUGUGGAAGCGAUCACGAAGAGAACCCUGGGAGAUGGAGUUACCAUAGCAGACAACGACUUUUUAAAGCUUGUGAUGGUGCCCGGCGGUGGUCACUGUGGUGCUAAUAUUGCGAAAUAUCCAUCCGUGCCUGCGCACUAUAGCAUUUCUUCGGUACUGGUGGAAUGGGUAGAGAAGGGGGAGGACGACGUGGAAGGAAUCAGGAGUUGGGGCCCGACCAACGGAGACAACAGAACCAGGAAACUCUGUACGUGGCCAAAGGUUGCUAAGCUGAAGGAAGGCGGGGAUGUAGAUGAUUGGGAGAGCUAUCUUUGUGCUUGA